GAAGAAUCAGCUGAAAUAUCUGUAAUACACUAUUGAACAUAGACAUGGACAGGAGCACUUUCGGUUUAAGAAGUGGAAAUGAAGAGGAACUGAGGAUUGUGAUGGUGGGGAAGACCGGAAUUGGAAAAAGUGCUACUGGAAACACCAUCUUGAGACGACAUUGCUUUGAAUCCAAGUUGAGUCCCAAGUCAAUGACUGUAGACUGUUCUAAAGGCAAAGGUACUGUGGAUGGGCAGCGCGUUGCUGUCAUCGACACCCCGGGCCUUAUGGACACAAGGUUUAAUGAUGAUAAAACAACUAAAGAUAUAAAGCAGUGUAUCUCCUACUCAUCUCCAGGACCCCAUAUCUUCCUGGUGGUCAUCAAACUGGACAGAUACACUGAAGAGGAAAAACAAGCAGUCCAAAGGAUUCAAGAAAUCUUUGGCAGGGAUGCUGACAAAUACAGCAUGGUUCUGUUUACACAUGGGGAUGCCCUUGAAGGCACCCCAAUUGAAGAGUUCAUACAAGAAAGCUCAGACCUGCAGUUUCUUGUGAGCAAAUGUAAUGGUCAGUACCACGUCUUUAAUAAUAAGCUCAAAGAUCAAUCUCAGGUCACUGAACUUAUCCAGAAAAUCAGACAUAUCGUCCAAAAAAAUGGGGGAAGCCACUACACCAAUGAGAUGCUGGAUACAGCCCAGAAUGUAAAGCAAGGAGAUCUCAGGAUUGUACUUGUUGGGAAAACUGGAGUUGGGAAGAGUGCAGCAGGAAACACCAUCUUAGGAAGAGAUGCUUUUAAAUCUGAGCUGUCUUCUUCCUCAGUGACAGAAGUGUGUGAGAAAAAGAUGGGAGAGUUUAGUGGUCUUAAACUGGCUGUAAUCGAUACACCAGGAUUGGGUGACACAAAUAAAUCUGAAGAGCAGGUGAGAAGAGAGAUCGCUCAGUGCAUGUCCUUUGCUGCUCCUGGGCCACAUGUUUUUUUGGUUGUGCUCCAGCCAACCAGAUUCACAAAAGAAGAACAAAAAUCAGUGAAAAUCAUUCAGACAAUAUUUGGAAAAGAGGCACCGGGUUACACCAUGGUCCUGUUUACCCAUGGAGAUGAGCUGAAGAAAAGACAUGCCUCCAUAGAAAAAUUAAUUAAUGAGAAUCCAGAUCUCCGCCGCUUCAUCAGUCAGUGUCACAGAAAUCAUCAUGUUUUUGACAAUGAUGACAAAGAUACCUUACAGGUCAGAGAGCUGCUGCUGAAGAUCAGUGCAAUGGUUCAACUUAAUGGAGGAGGCUUCUACACCAACGAAAUGUUCCACGAGGCUGAGAGAGCCAUAAAACAAAAGAUUGAAGAACUUCUGAGAAAACAUCCAGACAUGAAUCCUGAAGAAGCAAGAAGAAAGGCAGAGGAAGACAACUCCUUUAUUCAGGCUGUUCUAAAGGGUGUUGUUAUUGGAGCUGCUGCUGGAGGUCUAGGUUUAGCUGCUGUUGGUGCAGCUGCUGCUGGAGUUGCUGCUAGAGCUGCUGUUGGAGCUGGUGUUGGAGCCGGUGUUGGAGCUAGUAUUGGAGCUGGUAUUGGUGCUGGUUUAGCAGCUGCAUCUGUCGGGGUUCCAAAACAAGAUAUAUAUUUCAGAGUGAAAGACGCAACAGGAUGCAACAUACAGCCAAAGUUUGGGUCAAAUGUGUCACUUUGGAUUAUUAAGGGCUCAGACCUCAGGGUGGUGCUGGUGGGGCAGGAGAGAGUGGGGAAGAGUUCAGCAGGAAACACCAUCCUGGGAAAGAAGGCGUUUGACUGUAAGAUCAGUUCCAGCCCGGUGACUCUGUGCAGUCAGAAACUUGAAGCUGAUGUUCAGGGUCGCAGAAUCUCUGUGGUCGACACUCCUGGACUCUUCAGCACUCGAUUGUCUACAAAGAUGGUGAAAGCAGAGAUGUUAAAAGCACUCGAGCUAAGCUUUCCAGGUCCUCACAUUUUCCUCCUCGUCCUUCAGCUCGGAAGAUUCACCAAACAAGAGCAGGAAGGGCUGAAAACCCUGCAGAUGAUGCUGAAUCCUGACGUCUCCAAACACACCAUGGUCCUGUUCACCUAUGGAGACCGACUGAAAAACACCAUCGACAUAGAGAAGUUUGUCAGCAAAGACAAGAACCUGCAGGAACUGCUGAAAAAAUGCAGCGGCCUGUACCACGUGUUCAACAAUGAAGAGAUGGAAGAUAGAUGCCAGGUCCACGAGCUGCUAGACAAAAUAGACUCUAUUACAGAUGGAGGACAUUUGUACUAUCAGAGAAGCUUUGAGUCAGAGAGAUCUAUCAAGAGUUUCUAUAUGUAUUGCUGGGGUUUAACACUCUGGGUUCUUAGACAAGUUCGUCGUGGUUACAUGGGGAUAUAUAGCACUGUCUGUUUCAUCUUCACAUGGUGGGAGACACAUUUUGAGUGAGAUAAAAUUGUAGAAUGAGGCAGAGGAGAGAAAGAACACAGGAAGAUGGCUGAAAAACAAAGGAGAGAAACAGGAGUAUGUGACAAGAGGAAUAUUUUCAUCAGUCCUUGAUACCCAGAGUUCACACAUUCACAUAUUUUGUUAACUAUAUAUCCAGAUUAGGAUCAUAGCUGGGUGGAGUCUAUUCCAACUGACGAAGGUGUGGUUGAAAUCUGAAAUAAACUGAGGCGCACACAACCAGCUUGUCUUGAUGAGUUGUAUUUACCUUUGCAAAAGGGUCAAACAACAGCACUGAGAAAUUAACAGUAGUCUGCAUGUUUUUGACAAAGAGAGUCUGUAAGCCUAGAUUAAAAAAGAAAAAAGAAACAUUUUAUGUCUCAGAAUGCUGGGUAAUGAAAGAUAACUUGU